AGAUUCUCUUUGUCUCGGCUGUGGAGCGGUUGCUAAUUUAGCUAUUUUCGGAUUAAAAAUUGGAUCUUCCAGCAAGUUUGCAGUUUACGUAUAGUUUCUGUGAGGCUAGCUGCAUUGAAUAUAGAAAGAAUAAAAUGCCUAGUCUAAAAGUGUUGGAAAGUGAUAAAAACUGUACAUCUGAUUCGUUCAAUAAUUCCAUUGAAAGUGCUGGGAAUGAUGGAUGCAGUUCUGUGAAAGAAGUCAACUCAUCUCAAAGUAUGGCGAAUACUGUGAUCAACAAUAACGGAAAUAUCAAAGAACAACCAGUGAACCCUUUGCAACAGAUUAUUCUUAUAAUCGAACACAAAAUUCGUAAUUUAGAAAAACGAAAAAACAAACUGGAGACAUACAAGACAAUUGAAAAGUCUGGAAAACGAUUAACUGGCGAUCAGAAAAAUGCUGUUUCGAAGUAUGAGGAAUGCCUAACAUCUUUAGAGUUAACUCGAGAGUUGUGUAAGCAGUUCCAAUCAAUUGCUGCUGUAGCAAAUAAAGAUGCGAAAAAAGAAGCUAGACGAAGCGCAUUUCUGAAAGCUCAACAGGAAAAUGCAAAAGUAAGGGAAGUUUUGGCGAUUCAAGACGUUUUAAAAAGACUUUCGGAUAAAACUGUACAGUGCGAUUUCCGUAAUGGAGAAAACGGUGCGUGCAAAAUUUCGGCCGAGGAUUUAACGAUGCUAGAAAGAUUAUACGAAGAAACGCAACCAAAACGCCCAAAAAACACGCUGGAAUCAACAUUUGUUUUAUCGGUGAAGCAAGCAGCUGAUCACUUAACCGCUGUCGUCGAUGGCAGAAAUAAAUCAUUCGAAAACACGACUUACAUACAUAUUAAAAACUUAAUCACUGACGUUCAAGAUUGUGGCUAUUUUGAAAAGGACAUAUUGUCAGUUGAACCAGAACCAGAUAACUUGAACGAGGAUUAUGAAGGUCAAUCUAUUGAACAAAUACAUUCAACUGAUGACAAUGUUACCAAUAUAUCUGAGGAAGUGAAAAAAGAUGAGACAUGCACUAAUAGUGAAAUGAAUAAGGAGUUGAACACACCGCAUUUAGUGAACCUAGGAAAUACAUUAAUACCUGUUUCUAGUGAUACGAACAAUUCGCCGGAUUUCGGAGAAUCACCAUCGGCUGCUGCUGUGCCGACACCAUCAUUUCCUUUGCACUCGCAAGUUCGUUACAAUUCCAAUGCUACAGCAUCAACUCUGCCCGUAGUAGAUACCCCAAAUAUUACAUCUUCAAUGCACAUGUGCCCGCCAAAUAACUGCUCAAACACUGGAAUCAUUCCACAAAAUGCGACCCAUGUUCAAACAAACGCAAGUAGCAUUGUUCAAACUGGAACAGUGACUAUUUCUGUGAUACAACCUUCUACUGUUGAACCGCAAAACAUUUCCGGACAAAAAAUUGGAGCUACUACAGUACAAGCAGUCGAAAGUGAUUAUUUUAAACAACAUUACAUUCAACAACAAAUGCGUCCAAUACAUGAGGUUAUCGGAACUGCUAAUUUUUUCUUUCUGCAAGAAUCUGAAAUAGAUAAACCAGACGUUGUGUCUACGCCUGUUCCAUUCGUAAGCGGACAUCAUGGGGUGUCGAAUAUAUCCAAUCAACAGUCACUGCCGCCGCAAAACCAAACAAUAUGCGACACAAAGAAUUCAACUAACCAUCUCACAUCAGAAAUUCAGCAAACAUCCGUAGGUUCUGUAAAUCAAGCUUCAAUGAUCUCAGCCCAAACAUCAACAAUCAAUAAGCAGCCAUUUCAGAAUAUUGUAGCUCCUACAGUAAAUUACAAUCCCUCACUACAUAAACAAACAGAUGGCCAAAUGAAGUCAAUUGAUAAUAUUCAAUCGAGACAGAUAUCUGCUUCUAAAUAUAACGAGACUGGUUGUACUUCAAACGUGUCGACUGCAUCAACGGUUGGAUCAGCUGAAACUUAUAGUCAGAAUAAUGUUACUACGCAAGUUCAGCUUGAACAUCAUGCUCUACAAAAGCAACAACCUCAACUAGAAUCAUCUUCAUUCAAGACGGGGCAUCAAGGAAAAACUGUAAACCCCGAUCAUAAGCCUAAUGUUCAGCAGUUCCCUACACUGAUUCAAAGUCUGCAUAAUUCGUCUCAUCAUAUAUCUACUAACAAACGAUCUAACAAUACGAUUGAACCUAUAAGAGAAAAGUUGAAAUCACACAAUACGACUGAUAACAUAUCGAUGGUAUCAUCGACACGACAGAAUCAACCUUUUCAAUCGACAGAUCAACGAGAUGAUUGGAAUAAAUCGCAAAAAUUCGCGACUCUGGCAAAACCUGAAGAGCAAUGGCCAGUAAAUUCAAAUCGUAAAAAUAAUCCAGUGGAGGAUAGCCUUAAUGAUAAAACAGUUUAUAAUCUAACAUUGCCAUCACCGCACCAACUAAAACAAACUGCAGCUUCCAUAAGCACGUCGUCUAAAGAUAAUCUAUCUAGUUUGGGGGCUUCAAAUCGCGUACAUCACAAUGAAAGCUCAGCACCAAGUUAUGAUAUAAGCAAUGUUCCAGAGACAUCCAAUGUAAAGAUAAUCUCACAGCAAUCAUUACAAACCCAGAAAAAUCAACCAUUGCAUCAAAGUGAACGUAACACUCGAGGAACUUCAAAUAAUCAGUUUACUCAGAAUAGUGGAGGAAAUAUCCGCUUUUCGAAUGUCAGUAGCGCCAACAACCCAAUAUCAACGUUUUACAAAAACAACGAGAGAUUUUAUCAGCAAAAUCAAAGUAACAGUUAUGUUUCCAAUAAAUCUGAUUCGGGCUAUCAUCAGCGAAGUUCAAUGUUUAAAAACCGCAAAGAUAAUGCUAAUGAUCCUACAUCAAUGAUAGCUGGAUGUGCGUCAAUGACUGGAAAUAAUCUUGGAGGCACCAAUAGUAAUAAUGGCAGUAUGGAUUUCCGAUCUAGCGCUCGUCCAAUCAACAGUACACGAAAUACUGGGCCACCAUCAGCUAGACCUCAACAACGAAAUCAUUCCGGUAAUAGCAAUUACGAAGGUCAUCGUGGAUCAUCAAAUACAAGAGGUCAACAUACUAUUAACGCAUAAACUUAUUGUAUGGUUGAAUAAUAUUCAGUAAUAUAUAAUUAUGACGCAUAACCUACCUUGGAUUAACAUUAGUCUAUACUGGUUGCUAAAUUGUAAUGUAUGUGAGAUCGAUGGUAUGAAAUUAUCAUUUUAAAAGUAA